AUGGGCAGCAGCUCAUAUUUCCUGACGAAGAGCCAGCCCAUCCAUGUCCCAGUAGAGGAAGCUGCCUUACAAAGCCAAGGGGUCUAUCCCGGUAGCCGUGAUAGCACAGGAAGGUGGGAGCUGGUGAGCGAGGACAGAGUGAUGUUGACGACAGUGAGCAAAUCACGAGUUCCCGUGGUCUUCAGCGUGACCUCUCAAGAGCGUCAAGAGUGUCAAGACUUGAUGGCCGCCACACUAUCACACGUCCAGUACGAGGCAGAUCCUGUUCCGAGGUGGCUGAGGGGCCGGUGGGCUGGUGGGCUGAAGAAAAUGGGUAUUUGA